GGCACGACCGCCCUUGGCUAUCGUUGGAAGAGAACCUGGUGCCCGGCACAGUCCCUCUAAAGCCACCCUGACGCCCGUCGCUCGCCAGGACGACCUGCAGCGGGAAAGUCCUCGUACUCCUCACGCCAACGCGGGAUAAAUUAAGGACGGACAUAUAGGGACCGAGGCGAGUGCCGCUGGAGACAUGGACAAUGUGCAAAUGAUCGGGACUAAAAUCACCGCGAUUAAGGAAUAUUUAUAUAAUUUCGCAAGGACACACUCGCCCACUCGCCUAAUGAGUUCCGAAAACACGUACGCGCUCUCCAAGGAGCAUUGCAACCUCAAAUACUCAGAUAUUCUGCCACAGAAUGCCGAGGGAUUCCCGGCGACCAAGGAGUUCCUGAUGAAAGUCGUCGACAUCCUUAUUGACUUCGUUAAAUCGACGAACGACCGCAAUGCCAAGGUCCUGGAAUUUCACCACCCGGCCGAUAUGCGUCGUCUUCUGGAUCUCGAGGUGCCGGACAGCGGCGUCACACUGCAGCAACUGCUACUCGACUGCUCGACGACGCUCAAGUACCAAGUAAAAACUGGACACCCGCACUUCUUCAACCAACUAUCCUGCGGCUUGGACUUGGUGUCGAUGGCCGGCGAAUGGUUGACUGCGACAGCCAACACGAACAUGUUCACCUACGAGAUAGCGCCGGUCUUCAUCCUGAUGGAGAACAUCGUAUUGCGAAAGAUGCGCGAGCUUAUCGGCUGGAAUUGCGGAGACUCCGUCCUUGCUCCCGGGGGUUCUAUCAGCAAUCUCUACGCGUUUCUAACGGCUAGGCAUAAAAUGUUUCCCACGUACAAGGAACGCGGACUGGCUGCACUUGGUGGUCAGCUAGUGAUGUUCACCUCUGAUCAAUGUCACUACUCGGUCAAGUCGUGCGCAUCCGUUUGCGGAUUGGGAACCGACAACUGCGUUAUGGUACCCAGCGAUGCUCGCGGUCGAAUGAUCCCAUCCAAACUGGAGGAGCUUAUUCUCGAACGGAAAGCCAGGGGCCACGUUCCAUUCUUUGUCAACGCAACCGCCGGUACCACCGUCAUCGGAGCUUUCGACCCUAUUCCUGAAAUCGCUGACAUAUGCCAGAAGUACGAACUCUGGCUGCACGUAGACGCGGCGUGGGGUGGCGGACUGCUACUGUCCAGGAAGUACCGGCAUCCGAGACUGACGGGAAUUGAACGAGCCGAUUCGGUAACGUGGAACCCGCACAAGCUCAUGGGGGCCCUCCUUCAGUGUUCGACGAUCCACUUCAAGGAGGACGGUCUUCUGAUUAGCUGUAAUCGAAUGUCCGCCGAGUAUCUCUUCAUGGUCGACAAGUUGUACGACGUCCAGUACGACACCGGUGACAAAGUGAUUCAAUGCGGUCGUCACAACGAUAUAUUCAAGCUGUGGCUGCAGUGGCGUGCAAAGGGUACCGACGGAUUCGAGAAGCACAUGGACCGCUUGAUGGAGCUCAGCGAGUACAUGGUAAGACGGAUCAAGCAGAUGCCCGACAAAUUCUACCUCAUCUUGGAACCCGAAAUGGUCAAUGUCUGCUUCUGGUACCUGCCGACUCGCGUUCGCAACAUGCCGCACAGCGCCGAGAGGGAAAAGAUCCUCGGCGAAACUUGCCCGGUUCUGAAGGACAGAAUGAUGAAGGCCGGCACUCUGAUGGUCGGUUAUCAGCCCGACGACCGAAGACCUAACUUUUUCAGGAACAUUAUUUCCAGCGCUGCCGUGACGGAGGCAGACGUGGACUUUUUGCUGACGGAAAUGGAUCGGCUCGGACACGAUCUCUAAACAAAUCAGUUACUGGACUGAGGAAAGUACGAUGUUUUAUCGCGAGAAAGGAAGGAAGAUAGAACAAACAGGUUGGUAGAAUUAUCUCACACGUUACAAUUGCACACUCUGCCUAAUAUUGUACAAAGUCCUGUAACCAAUUCACAACCAUGAAUAUUAACUUGAUACAUAUGAAGAGAACAAACGUUUAAGUUAGCUUAUUUUCUUGGAUUCAUAAAUCGUCUGUUAAAUUUCAUUGCUAUUGUUCGAUUGUAAUUACAUAUAUUCAAUCCUUUAUAUCUACAAACUAUAUCCCUGUUCUUUUUCACCGCCGUGUGUCGAUUGAAGUAUUAUAUUACUUUCUCGGGGAAAUUUAUAGAACGCGUUACUCGACUUGUGUGUCUCUCUGAUUAUAAAUAGUCAGAAUAACAAAAAGUCAUCAACAACUAAACAAGUAAGCCGAAAUUUUUUUCUCUUCGCAAUCGAAGACUGACGUCGAUGGUGCUCAAAUCUUACAGAGUCACGUCAUUAUCAAUAAAUAUGCGGAUAAAUUAACUGUACCUUCGUAAAGACCGCGUUAAUUAAUUUAAUUUAUGAAUCCUAGAACAUCAGGCCUUGGCGAAUGUUGGUUAAGCUCCUCUAUCGAUAUAAAUAUAUAUAUACAUAUAUAUUAUAUACAUCUAUUUGGAUUUAAGUGUUACGAUCUUUAGAUUACGUAUUCAAGCUGUUACGUGUACCGAAGGUGAAAAACGGGAGGGGAAAAGAAUCGUGCACGCGUGUUUACACCGUGCUGUAAUUUUUUUUCUUUCACUCUGCACUCAAAAGGUUGCUCGUGAGUUGAAAUAAUACUCUGUCCUAGCAAGUAUUUUCAUAGUGCUUCAUAAAUGAGCCAAUUCGGCAGAUCUUCAGCGGUGAAAGUAUACAUAGCAAUGGCAGAAUACAAAUGAUACCAUAUAUAUCUAUAUGUAUGUAUGUUAAUGUAUGUACAUACAUAACUCAUGCAUGUAUAUAUAUAUAUAUACGCAUAUUAUUACUAUAUAGUGUAAGAUGAAAUAUUAAAUGUAUAUUGAACUUAGAGGAAUAUGAAAAAAGGAUAUACAAAAAAAAAAAAAAAAACAGAAAAAAUCGUUAAUCGGUGAACUAGCGGAAUGGAUAAGAAUCGUUGAAAUAUAGGUCGUAAGUGAAAUA